CCUUCGACUAUUGCGCCUUCCUUUCGUUUAUCAUUCUUAUUUUCUUCCUUCCUCGAUCUUUCUACACGGUAUCUUCCUCUCGUUAAACUUUUCGGCGGAAGUCUUAUAUCUCCAUCAUAUUGGACUUCUCGCGGGGACCAGUGCAUGGCACCGUCAUGGUUCUCUUGAGACAGUGAUUGUGACCCCUCAACCACCCCAGUCCUUGAGGGCGCCAUCGUUUAAUAGUAUAAUUUUCUCCUUAUUUAUUCGGUCUCUCGUUUACGCGCAUCUUAUUUCUGCUCGUCUAUCUUAAUCUCUAAUCAACAUGGCCGAGAUCCUCGACGUCUCACCCGUGGGGUGGGAUAACAUGAAGAAGAACUGGUGGCAGUUUGUAAGUAUCCUGGGCCCGAUGAGAACUGUUUGCUCUAACCCGCCAGUAGGUCUUCAUUGCCAUCUUGCUUGCUUGUGUUUCUAUCGGUUCGCUCAAGCUCCUUUACUCGGGGGUGACGCGCCUCUGGAACUGGCAUAAGACAAGACCGCGAUCAGAGACCAUACCGUCCGACGUCGCCCAGCGACUUGAAAGGCUUUCAGACCGACAGCUGGUUUUGAGGAACUUUGAACGACGGAAGCCGUCUUCUUUUGGCGUCUACCUGGGCACUUUCAAUUCGCCCCCGACCCAGGACGAACUGCGCGUUCUGAAUCAGUGGGAUUUACUAAUCGUCGACCCUUCUCAACCUGGUACUCUGGAAGCGAUCACCACCGCGGAACGGAAACAAUUGGUUGGCCGAGUCGACCUCGAUCGCAUCAUCUCCAAGGAUGAUUCAUUGCUGCUGGCCAUUGAAAAGUUCGAGAAUGUUUUGAUGGGAAGUUUCAACAACUCGGUCUUCAGCGGUAUUCUGUUCGCCAACUGGGAAGACAAAUUCACUCCGACUGUUUUCUCCAAGCUUAUCGAGGUUGUCGACGAAUUGUGCCUGGCGGUUUAUUUGGAAACAGGUCCCGAAAAAUUCCUGAAAGAUCACAAAGCCCUCCAAAAUGGCGCCAUAUCCGGACUCGUCAUGCGAAACGCUAGUAUCAUGCCCCAGGGUGAGAAGAGGGAUUACUUCCAAAUCGUGAAAUUGCAGCCGACGAUUAAGGCUUUCGUCUCCGAAGCUUGCAUGAGAGACUUUGUGGUACUGGCGUGGGAAACCGUGGACGACAAUGCCCCGUUGUCCAAUGCCGUGGUUCAGAGAUCUCUUCAGUGGUGCAAUUUCUACAGCGCAAUCCCUUGGAUUGGCCGGCAGUCUGCCUUGCAAAAUGCCGCCCUGAACGUGAAGAUCACCGAGCCGCUCUCUUCUUUCGGUUGGUUGAAAGACGCCGAUGUUAUGAAGGCUCACGAUCGUUGGCGCUCCAAUUUACACGUGAAAAAUACCGUGGCCGACCAGCACGAAUGGGACACCCUCGCUCAGCUCUUCCCGGCUUUGAACGAUGUUCUUGAUUCCUCUGAAACUCAUGCGACUAUGGCCGACGGCCUGAACACCUCGGUUCGUGAUCCGCCAGAGUGGGUUGCCCAGAUCAAAUCACAAGGGAGUCCAUUAUCCGUAUCCAUGGCCGGACUGGAAUACAACUCAUUGGGAUGCUUUCCGCUUGGGUCAGAGGCAACACCGACUGCUUUUGCCGAAAUUCUCCAGUCCCAGCUACGCCUCAAGUCGCUCGCACUGCUCCAUCCGGUCCCCGCAACAACGGUUCCUGAUAUCGGUAAGGUUCUGAAGAAAUUCCUCCAAACCUAUGUCGCCUCCGAGUUGAAUACUUCGGACCAGCUCGUUGCCUCACUCAGGGAGCUGUGUAAUAUGGCCUCGAACGACUCUCUGCGAGUGUAUCUUGCGUUGGAUUCUGGAUUGCGCAAGAGCGUUGACAUGCGUUUCUGGGCUGUUUACCAGAUGGAUGCCGAUGGUUUCGAAGUGUUUGCUUCCAAGAACGCUCAAGGAUUGGUUGGCACGGUGCUGCAUACAUUCUUAUCCGCAAAGGGUCAUCCUCGCCAUGUUUGCUUCGAGACAGAGAUUGCCUUCGCCAAAUGGUCAAAUGAUUUGGUCGAUGACACGGGGCUUCCCCGUCGACUUGUUCAGGAUAUUGACGCUUUGAGCCCGGAGGAGCGACUGCUCUUGUUGCAGCACCUCUCCUUGACCGAUUCCAAGAGCGAGGCUUCGGAUACCAUCUGUGCAUAUAUCCGGAGACAGCUCAUCGAUGCGCCUUCAUUUGUCCAGCUCAAGGAACUCAACACCAUCUCUUACCUCGAGGGAUCUGUAUCUCCCGAAUCCUUGAUUAACACUCGUGUGGCUUGGUACCAGGAACAACAAUCGUCUUAUCCAUCUGCCUCUAAAUGUCUCGCUCUCUUCAAUCAGACCGAUGCCGUCUUUACUCAAAUCUUGAAAGAGCGCCGUGAGAAUGACCUUGCUUUAAUUUCCAACAGUCUGUGCAAGCUUCUACAGAAUGAUGUUAUUGACCCGUAUGCCGACAUAUUGGCGCUUUCGCUUUUCUGCGCCGCAAGGAAGGGUGCUCUGGAUGAGAUCUACGCCGAGGUGACAGAUCGAAACCCCUUGUUCAACAAUCAAUCCGAUCAGGCGGCUGCUUUUGCUGAAUCGUUUGCCCUUGGCUCGCGAUGCGAGGCGUACUUUGACAUCUCGCCCAGUGCCUUCGGAAAACUGCUGUCGGAUCGCUUCAGAAAGCAGUACACGGACGAGAAGCUGCCGGAUUGGAUCAAUGGUGCUCCUGAGAUGGCUACGUCGUAUGCCGGUGCACAGAUUGACGUGAACCCAGACGACAAGGUCAAACCAAUGAGGGGGUACCAGCGAUUUACUUUCCUCAGUGUCUUCGCCUUCCCAGCCCUGAUUGAUAUCAUUAUGCUCACCAUCAUCGGUCGCGGAUUGUACCUGUCCGCAUUCAUGACGUACGAGGAGCAGGAGAGCGCCACUAUUGCCCUGAUGAUAUCGCUUCUCAUGUCUGGAGCCAUCGGUACAUGGAUUGCUUGCGGCGGACCUUACUACCUGAUUUCCAUGGCAUUCGCUGCCUCCAACAUGUUUGUGCUCACCAGACUGAUUGCUGGUAUCGCAUUCACUGUCGCCGGUGGUCUGAUCGGAUUCGUUGCCAUCUCGGGGGUUAACGGUCCUCGUGCUGGAAUUAUCUUUUACCUCUAUCUCAUUGCGCUGACGAUUUACUUCUCCGCCUUUGCAUCCCUUGCCAGUUUCAGUUACCCCGGAUCCAGCUUUUUGUCCGGCCGCACCGUUAUCUUCGCUUGCAUCCCCAUUCUUUUUAUCUCGCCAAUUGUCACAACCUUCACUGGUCACGAUUCGGCCAUUUAUCUCGCCGUCAUCUAUGUCUUCAUCGGCUUCCUUCUCUUUGGUCUGCGAACGAUCGCCUCCAAGUGGGUGACUUGGUAUCAGCACAUCCGAAGAACCGAUGACACUGAAAUCCGGAAAUGGUACGUUGCCACCCACGGUGACGGCAACGAGAAGGUCUUCGGGAACUUGAGUGAUCCUGCCGUUCUCAAACUGUCAAGAGAAGCUCUGUUCAAGGAUGUUAUGGCGGAGAAGGAGCGGUGGUUCUUCACCAAGGCAACGCCCGACACGCUGGUUCUUGAGCUUGCUCGCGAUUGGGAUUCGACGAACUUCCUCCUCGACUGGUACUGCCGUUACGCAGACGUGCCCCGUCCAAUCCCGUUCAGUUCUGGAUGGAACAUCCAAACCAAGGUCGCUCUUGACACGCUGCGCAGUUCUCAGAAAGGUAUUCGAUCUCACAACGCUUUUAUCCACUGGCGCCAGUCGAGCAGAGAAAUAGGUUGUGGCAUUCUGUACUUCGUCUUGGCCCUGCUUGAUAAGUGGGUGGAGCUGCUGAGUGGUGGACAUCUUGUCGGUCUCUCGGCCGCGCUGACGGAUGCCUACCGAAUGUCUGUUGGUUUCGGUCUGGCGUACUACCUCAUCGGUGCGGUGUUGAUUGACACGAAGGCCCAAGAGCUCCAUGAUCUGAUCGGUAAGCACUCGGCUGUCGCGGUCGAAACCGCUAAGGACAUCCGACCUUCGCAGAAGCGGGACAUCAAAUUCAAGAGGAAGGUCUACUGGAAGACGUUCGGUAAAUAUCUUAUGUGGCACGUCUGGAGUCUUGCCCUGGCCACCGCUCUCAUCUGGAGCUUCCAGUCUUCCGUGGAGGCGAUGAUUAUGUUCUUUGCCUACGUCCUGGCCUAUACCGGUUUGCUUUGGUAUCAGUAUACGAAAAUCUUCACUGGACCUCAUGCUUUGAAGCCCUUGCUAGCGGGAGUCGUCGUGGGUCUUCCAGUUGGUAUUGCUCUGAAGGUCUGUCUCCCAGGGUUCUUGUACUCCCAGGUGAUUGGUCUGGGGUCCGCUACGUGGACAACCGCCAUUCUCGCCCUCUUUGCAUCGAAAAUGGGCAUGCCAAAGAAGGUGGAAUCCCCCGUUGAACUCGGCAAGACCUUCCAUGCUUUCACUGCACCAUGGGCGGAUCCUGAGUGGUCUCAACAGGAGCUGCAGACCUUUUUCGAGGGGAUGUCUGUUAUUCCCGCCGACGCCAGGUUGACUCUCACUCCCAGCAUCCAUCCCGGCGUGGAGGUGAAAAACAUUCUGCUCAUGCGCAGAAAAGAGCCAAGAAUUGAAGAGGCGUUUCCACAGUCGCAGGAGCUGGUCAACAAAGCCCUAGGAGCCUGGGAAAAGGGACAAAUUGUGCUCGAGCUUGUUCCCUUAGGAUCCCUGGGCCCGAACAUUCAGGCUCUGAGCUGCAACACGUCAACUCAGCUUAGGAUUGCGGUGUGUGUGGGACGUGGUCUCGAUGAGCGCAUCGACGUCAGUGCCAAUUGUCAGGUCAUUGCCGAAACCCUCCUCCACGCAGUGGCGGAGUGUAUGCUGCGGAUGCCGCACGACUAUGCGGUCCUUGCCGAGUCGCUCGUCACCGCAGGUGUAACCGAGACCACCGCCCGACAGCUCCGUGAGGAAACCAACACGCCGCUCGUCGUGCGCUGGGCCAAGAAGGAGCUUCUGCGCCAACUUUGCCUCGGGUUCGAAUGUGACGCUCACUGGGAAAAGCUUCCGAAAUCCGUGCGAACUGCCCUGUUGGAUCGCUGUCUCGGCCAGCCAUCUGAGUUCCCCGAUCAUAACCGACAGUGGCUCCAGGAGAGCUUGCGACAAUUUGACACAAACGACUUCGAAGUGCACGUUGCGCGGACCAAUCUCGGCGCUGCCACGGCUGUUAGCAUCCUCGACUAUGCGAACUACGGUACCGGUGAAGCUGCCAUCAUCAAGGAUAACGAAUCUCCAGCCUAUAUCCCGUACAUCCCCAAGAGACCCCAGAAGGCCAUCUCCAUGCUAAAAAAAAUUGGGAACUCCUUCCAUUACUGUCUUUCCUCAAUGAUCAAGUUCACUGUCGUUGCUUUGGUAGCUGACCCCGAGUUCCAGAGGGAAUUCGCCCACGUCAUGAGUGAUCGCCCUGCGGCCAUCCGAGUGCCCCUUGUCUUCGUGCUGAAUAUGCUGUGGUCUUAUGCCAAAUUCUUCCAGGAUAUGUGUCUUACAUUUUUCUUGUUCGCUGGCCGGACGAAUGUCAAACGGCUUUGGGACGAGACAAAGGGCAUGACGAUCAGCAUCAAGAAGAGCAGGUACAUCAUCCAGAGCCUUGAUGGAACAUUCACUGCUUUCAGACACGACGAGGCAGAUGGUGGAUUCAAAGUCUACAUCUACCUUGGGGAGUCUAAAACCGAACCUGAAGGAACGAAGCAUCUCCGAUACAUCAACACAUACUCCAAGGAGAUCUUGUUACUCAUCCGACAAGAAUUCAAAGACGGCAAGCUGCUUAACGAGUACCACUAUGACUACCGCGCUCCGACGAAAAAGAACUUCGCGCUCUCGAAGACUUCAGACACCAAGAUUCCAAUGGGUAGGCGUUGCGUGCGUGGACAGAACAACCUCCAAAGCAUCCAGUACAACCGCAAAGGUCUCAUCGAGGCUGGUUCUUACAUGAAAGAUGGCAAUCUCGUUCGCUUCAAGUACCACUACCGCAAGAAUCCACGAUUCGGUGACGAACUGCUUCGGGCCGAGUUUGCGCUUUCGCAUAUCACUUGUACUGUCUCCUGGUGUGCACCUCCUCUUCGCCAUGCUCAGAAGGUGGAUCGAUGGAUUCCUCAUUCCAAGGUCACAGAGGCCACUUUCGUCCAGGGAGCGGAUGUUUAUGAAGCUCGUUGGUUGUAUGACCACAAGUUCCACCCGAUGAUCUUUACCACGCUCAACGGACAAACGGUACAGACCCCGCCCAUGAUUGAACACGACUACCUGGCCGUACUUGCGAAACCCAGGCAUACCAGCUUUGUGAAUGACAACCCCCUUGUCUACUGCGAGAGAUUGAACUCAAACAUCUUGACCCGGUCUCUCGGACUGACAACCAAACGCUUCCCCGUGUCAACCUCUCGUGCUCGUUCACUGAUCUGGAAGGCCUGGAAAGACCGUGCUGACUUUGAUGGUAUCAUUGUUCGAUGGAUGGACGACCGACUUCUCCGGCGAGACAAGACCCUUGCGCCUUACUGGCGCAGCCGGGAUCGCGGAAACCUCGCGGCGGCAAAGAAAUACUUGGAUCUUCGUGCGGAUACUAUUACAGCCAGUGCCGAUCUGGACGACGACAUCUCUAGCUGGACUCCUCUUGCGGUGAAGAUGAGUGAUCUGUUUAAUUUUGGACCUGGAGGUGAUGCUGUUGUCAACACUCGAUCUAAGGACUUUGGCUCGGACACCGAGAAAUCGUUGCAUGUCAUGGCUGCUGAUACAGGUACCUGGCCUAACGAAGGCGGUGGUGUCUCUGCCUGUCGACGUGAUAUGAUCAAUUCCCUGCGGUCCAUUAAAUGGCACAUGAUCUGCGAGUCGGCCAACGAUUUCGGCGUACCCAAGCACCAGACCGAGCAGAACAUUCUGUCCUUGAAGGUUGUCCCCCUCUGGGGUCUGGAUUUCCUCACCCCUACCCAUGGUCUCUUUAGGAACAAGCUCGACUCCGAGGUCGAGAACGUCACCUCUGCCAGCGACACUGACAUCAAACUCAACUUCAUUCCGAUCCUCACUGCAUUGGUCAAGGGAGCCCGCUCCGUCCAUCUUUCAAAGGCCGACAUCCAUCAAGCCACCCGAGCCCUGGUCAACCUCAACACCUACUUCCAGGAGUCGCGUCAUUGGACCCAAGUGUGGAACAGUGACAUUGUCAAGGAGAGCUGGCGUAAUCUGUGGCUUACUCAAGAGAUGCCCAACGCCACGCCAUCUUCCGAGUGGUUCCGUACUGAGCUUCCCACACUCGCCUCGCUCGACGUCGCGUUGGAGCUGUGGUACCGGUAUUUGUUCAUCUUCUCCAUCCCCAUCCCGGAAAAGAUCCCGAGCGUGUUCCAGGCAUCUCACCACAGUGUCAGCGCCUCUUAUGGAGUGGUCUGCAAGGUCAAGAAGAACUGCACCUUGCAGAUUUGGGACCAUGCCAUCAGCUGGAGAGAAACCAACCUGUGUCUUUCGUCUGCUUUGUGCAAACUGUCGCCGUUCGUUCGAAAUGCAUUGCUGGGCUUGAUGCGUAUCACCUCUGCUUUGACCCUGCACCAUGCUGAUAUCAUCCUUCCCUGUGCGGAUUUCUUCAAUCCCGGAUGGGAGGCUGAAAUUGGUACCUGUCAAGGAAGUAUCGAGCAUCGCAAUGUGUUCCGCCGCAAGGUCGAUCCCGUCGUCAAUGGUAUCACGGAUAUGCAGAAGUUUGCCCCCGUCAAGGAAAUCAAAUCCCAGCGCCCCACGGUUACGAUGUUGUCCCACGUUUGGUAUGCCAAGGACAUCAAAACGGCACUCCUCGCCGCCGACAUCAUCAUUAACCAGUGGAAGUUCGAUGAUUACCACCUGGACAUCUACGGCGCCAUUGACAAGGCCCCGACGUAUUCCACGGAAUGUCAAGAAAUCAUCGCUUCCAAGGGUUUGCGUGGCAAGGUUACUCUUCGCGGCACAGCUGACCCAAUGAAGGUGUUGGAGAACACCUGGCUCUUCCUGAACUCGUCCUUGUCGGAAGGUCUCCCGCUAGCCUUGGGUGAAGCUGCCCUGACCGGUGCGCCUGUGGUCUGUACCGACGUGGGUGCGUCGCUCCGAGUUCUCAGCGACCCCGACAAUUUCUCUCGCUUCAGUGCCGUCGUUGCCCCCAACGAUGCUCUGGCUCUUGCAAAGGCGCAGAUCUCGAUGCUCGGAAUGUUAGGCGAAUGGAGCCAGCACGCCGAAGACACGGAGCCUGCCCCUGUGCUCACUUCGUCUCCCACACCGGAAGACGUCGAACGGAUCACCCGCCGUAUGUACGAGAAGAGCGACCACCGUCGCAAACUCGGGAUGAUGACGCGCAAGAUCGUGCAGAAGUCCUUCAGCGGCGAUCGAUACCUUCGUGAGCACGAGCAGAUGCUCUGGAUCGGCAAGUCGGCCAAGAUCAUGUCGAGCCGCCCCGGCGCCGGCAUCAGCGACCCCGUUGACGUCGCCACGGCCAUGCAACAAGCGCUGCCCAUUGAGGAGGAGGUUAUUACCAUUCCUCGCAGCGCCGUCCACUCGUGGCGCUCCUCCGCUGCCUCCGGCAUGUCGACCAUGUACAGCAACGACAACUUCCCCAUGCUGGGCGGCAACCAACGUGCCUCCUCCAUCCGCUCCGGUCUCAGCAACGUCUCCACAGACACCGAGUCCUUCCUGCCUCUGCCCAGCAAUGCCUCGCUCCCUGUCUUCGCGCCGCGUCAGGCCCUCUCGUAUUCCGGCAUGUCGGGCCGUCUGUCGCCUUCCGGACGCGCUUCGCCGUCGGGUCGGCUUUCUCCUCUGCCUCAUCGCCACUCGCACACGCGCUCCAUCUCCACUGCCGGCCGAGAACAGCUGCGCGGUCUGCAGCGUGAAGACGUGCACCCUUACCGUAACUCGGAUGUCAGUACUAUCAUGAGAGAUGAGUUUCUUCAGUCGAGCAUCUACCGGGGCAUUGAAGGUGGCAACAAGUCGAACAAUGUCUAAGAACUUGUGACAAGCUCGAGUCCGGAUCUAUUUCUAGUUUUGGAUUGAUGUCUGGUUUAUUUUGGAUAUCAGACUUUUCCCCCUUACCCUCCUCCUUUCACUCUUACCUGCUCUCUCCCUCAUCUUCUCUCUUGGUCAUGAUCCGCCCUGUACAUACAUACUACAUCCACUUCCUCUUUUCAUCUUUUCUUUUUGGAAAUAUUCCCUCGCUUACCUACCCUCCCUCAUUCUUUCCUGACUAUUGUCUACUCUCCUUCUCUUGUCUCAAAUAUUCCAUUGUUCUUUGUAUUUAGCAUGUCAUCGAACGCUUGCAUCAUACUGCGUCUUUUUGUACAGAAAAGGCUGGAUUAUCACAGUCCUUAAUCAUGUUAUUCAUUUUUGUUGUUGUGGAUUUUGCUUUUUGCAUAGAACCUUCCAUAUAGAUUGAACCAAUCAAAUGAAUGAUGAUGACCAGAUAAAUCAAACUGUGCUUUCGUAACAUGCAAUUUCAAGUCAUUUCGUACGAACGCUCUCAAUCUUUUGUAGACAUAAAACGUAAAAAACACAUUGAUUGACCUGCCCUGUUCUCUCAGCAACAAUUCUUCACCUGCAGCACAUCCUGCACCAAUCGAGUCACUUCCUUCGCGGAUCCAAAAGCAAGAGACCACCCUGCGCCGCCAUGCCCGUACGCAUGCACAAUCCGACUCGGUCGCGUCCGCGGCGUCAGCCUCUUCUCGCGCUCCACGCGCACAUGGCCCGUCCUCAUGGGCCGUCGUCCCUGCACCAGCGGACACAGCGGAUCCAAGCGCGCAUUCUUCAAACACGGCAAGAGAUCCUCGCACCGGCGACGCAUCUGCACGACCUCCGCGCACGACGGCGUUAGAUCCAGCUGCCACGAGUCCUGAUGCAAGAUCGACCCCAGGAGCAGGGUCCGGUCGUUCCGCGGCACCAGGAACGCCAUGUCCUUGAAACUCCCGUCCUCUCGCGUCGGAGACGACACCACCAUGCUGUUCUCGAUCUUGGGGAAGUCUGUCCCGUCGUUGAUCACGCGUAGGAGCCCGCCUCGGAGCGGAUAGACCGAGGCGUCGUUGGCCGUGUCGCCGGCCCACACACCCGUGGCGUUCACAAUGGCGUCCGCCUCGUAGAUCUUCAGCAGGUGUUCUUCCUGGUCGAGGAGGUCUCCGUACACUGUAUCCGUCUCCAUGCGGCCACCCUUCCGUCGGACCAGGCGCAUCAGGAACGACAUGGCCACGUCCGUGUCGAUUACAGGUGCGAGGUGCUCGUAUGCAUCUUCUAACCCGCCAUGCGAGUCGGCGUUCACCCCGUACUUCUUCAACAGCUGCGUCCCGUGCGAGAACCCCUCCAGCUCGGCUUCUUGUAUAUACCGCACUUUAUCGCUCUUCACGGUAUCCUCGUCUACGCGGUUCAUGUGGAACGCAGUGAACAUGCGCAUCUGGACACCAAAGGCCCGCGCCAGUUCCCUGCGGUCUGCGAGCGUGCGGUAUAUGCGGAGACUCUCGAGAGCCCACCGCUGCGCCAUGGGGAUCUUCGCGCCGUACAUCUGGGGCCCGCAGCCAGCAGGAGGCAGUUCCCAGAGAGCGCCGGCGACUUGCGAGGUGAGUCGCUCGUUGCUGUUGGCCCACUCGCGCGAUAUAAUGGUCACAUGGUAUCCUCGGUCCAGGAGAGUCCAGGCUGUUGUGAGGCCUGUCACACCGGCUCCGAUGAUGAGGACUCGGGGUGAUGAAGGGGUAGGAGGGGUCAGUGGGCGAGGGGAGGCGGAGAGAUGGGCAUUUAUUGGUUUUUCGGUGCUGAGAUGGAGGUCUUUCCGGGCCAUGAUUGCUUUUCGUGGGGUUGGGUGAGGUGGUCAGAAUGGCAGAUGUGUGGUGGGUCAAUUAGUUAUGUGUAUGUGUCUAGUCAACCUCCUGACCCCAGAUGGUUCUGUCUUAUAUCAGGAGAGAAGAAGACUAGGGGCUGAUUGGAAUUCACGUUAAGGGCAAGGGUAUGCUCAGUAGGUUGGCAAUCGCGGACAAUGGCGCAUGCAUAGGGAGCCCAUUCGAGUUAGAGAGAAAAUAUCAAACCCAGCAAAAAAGAGCAUACUUGCCGUCAUUAUAUAGGCAUGGUGAAGGCCGCAUUUCUUUUCUGCCCGCUCAUAUAUACUCCGCACCCAAACACGGGCGUUUUCUAAAAUCAGAAGCCCGGAUACCACCAUGACGCCACAGUUCCGUACAUAUUGUGGCCCAUUGUCCUGCUUCUGUGGAACCAUUGUACCACUGAGAUCAACGUUGGCAACCCGUUCGCGGUGGCUGGCAGCCGUGACAAGCCUACCGGUAAUGCGGCCUGCGGGCGGCUUAGAUUUUGGCAAAAGUAAACCGAGGGGGGUAUUGUCAGGAUGGGAAUAGUAGCUGUGGCUGACCAAGUUUAAAUCAUGCGGUGGAUCCGACAGUUUGAUGGAGCGGAGGUGGUCGGCGGGGGUUUAGGUUAAUGAGAACGAGUGAUGGCCAUGUUGGGCAAUAGAUGGCAUUUGAUGGUAAUUGUAGGGAUUUGGAGGGAUAUGAAAGAAACCAGCGGGGUCAUGCGACCUUGUUAGAUGAGCAAGAAAAGAACUCGAAGAAAUUGAACAGAGGUAUUUGGAUGGAGCUAACAUCCAGCGGAGGUAGGUACAAGAUCGGGGAACAGAAAGUUCAAUUUACCCUCGUGCGAGACGCAUCCAGCAAAUCAGCAGAAACCUGAUAUUGGCCCUGGGAGCGGUAGGAGUGGCCGGUUCUGCAGGUAGGCAGAUCGAAAGGCAAGUUGUGUCGAGAGGAGAAGUGAGGGGACGAGAGAGGAGCAGAAGAUGCGUUUCUUCAGGCAGGAACGACCAGGAGAACAUGUGACUUGGCAUUGUGCCAUUCGAGGCAUAAUCACCUCUCCGGAGGCAGGAUUGCGUUAUAACCGAGCAAAAUGAGGAAAACUGCCUGCCCCUCGAUUGCGUAGGUAUAAAUCUCGAGGAACCCUACGAAAUGGCCCUGG